AUGAGCCAAAAAAAAGAGUGUUAUUAUAAAAUUUUGGGUAUUGAAAAAACUGCUACAGAUGAUUAAAUAAAGAAGGCUUACAGAAAGCUUGCAUUAAAAUGGCAUCCUGACAAAAAUCAAAACAACAAAGAAGAAGCCACAAUUAAAUUCAAAUUGAUUUCUGAAGCAUAUGAAAUAUUAUCAGAUCCUAAUUUCGAUUUUAGUCAUGCUAAUGAUAUUUUCAAACAUUUCUUUUAAGAUUUUGGAUUUGGGGAUGAUGAUGAUAAUGAUCCUUUCUUGUCAUCAUUUUUUGGCAGACAUACAGGUAAAAGAGGGUCAAAAAGUGGAAGUAAUAAAAAUAAUGGAGGUGGUAUAUUUGGAAAUUUUGGAUUCGGAAAUUUUGGAAUGAUGGAUAAUGAUGAUUUCUUCUCUAAUGGAUUUGGAGGAGGAUCUGGAUUUUAAUAAAUGUCUUUCAAUAGUAAUAUGGGAGGUGGAUUUGGAGGCACUUCUAAAAGUGUAUCUACUUCGACUAAAAUUGUAAAUGGAUAAUAAUAAACAGUAAAAAAAACUGUAAUUAGUAAUGCUGAUGGAACUAAAAAUGUAACAGAAGAAAUUAUAAUGGGAAAUUAAAAAAAAGUUAAUUAAUAUAUGAUUGAUGGAUAAA